AUGCCCGAUCAAGCGAAAGAAGACGCCCUCAAAGGAUACAGGGAGAUCCUACCGCCCAAUGUGUCAUUGGGAGAAGCAACAGAGGCUUACAAAGAGGUAGACGAUGUUGCAUACGCCAUUUCAAGAUUGCCUUUAGGUGCUCCUCGAGCAUUGAAAGUGAUCUGUGUUGGUGCGGGUUUCAGUGGCUUGGCAUUUGCACGAGAGGUCGAACUAGGCAAUCUGCCGAAUGUGAGUCUCACGGUAUAUGAGAAGAACGCCUCGGUUGGAGGAACUUGGUAUGAGAAUCGCUACCCUGGCUGUGACAUUCCCAUCCAUAAUUACCAGAGCUACUAUGCUCCUGCGAAAGACAUCCACACUUACAUCGAAGCGGUCGCCGAUCAGCAUAAUCUUCGAAAACACGUUAAAGUCUCACACAAAAUCAUCGGAGCUAGAUGGAUUGAAGAACGCCAGAAAUGGCAAGUGAACAUUGUCGCGACCGACGGUAGGGAAUUGAUGGUCAGCAAUCGGGUCAACAAGGACGGUGAAGCUGGAGAACCGUUUACUGAAGAAUGCGAUGUGCUGAUCAACGCCGGGGGCUGCUUCAAUGACUGGAAAUGGCCAACUAUUCCUAGGAGGGAAACUUUCAAGGGUCAAAUGAUACAUUCCGCUGCUUGGCCCAAAAAUGUGGAGCUUAAGGGCAAAACUGUAGCAUUGAUUGGCAAUGGCAGUACGGGUGUCCAGAUUCUUCCUAACAUCCUUGAUGAUGUGGAAAAGGUCUAUGUCUAUAUUCGCAGCAAGACAUGGGUGACAGCCAGCUUUGCUCAGAAGUUUGCUGGUCCAAAUGGUGCGAAUAUCUUCUUUACAGAGGGACAAAAAAGGCAUUGGGCCGAAAAUCCCGAUGAAUAUCUCCAGUAUCGGAAGGAGGUCGAGUCAGAGCUAAAUUCCCGCUUCCUCCUCUACCUCAAAGACUCCAAUGCCCAAAGGGAGGCCCUUGGGUAUUCUACUUCUCAAAUGACCGAAAAGCUUUCUUCGAAGCCAGAAAUUGGCGAGAAGUUAAUUCCUGAAUUCGCUGUUGGCUGUCGUCGCACGACACCUGGAAACGGAUAUCUUGAGGCUCUAUGCUCCCCCAAGGUUGAAAUAAUCUGGGGAGGAAUAGACUCUUUCAACGAAACCGGUCUCUUAGCUGCCAAUGGUGAGCAGCGAGAUGUGGACACCGUCAUCUGCGCCACUGGUUUCAAUAUGUCUUUCUCCCCUCGUUUCCCUAUCAUUGGUUGCAAGGGCGUCAGUUUACAGGAGAAAUGGGAUGAUAACCCGGAGUGCUAUCUGUCAGUCACUGCUGCCGAUAUGCCCAAUUUCUUUAUCUAUCUUGGGCCGGGCAGCCCCCUCGGACAUGGUAGCGUGGUCAGCUCUCUCGAGCGCGUGACUGAGUACAUUGCUCAAUUUGUCCGCAAGCUUCAAACUGAGAAUUAUAGCUCCGUGGUGCCGAAGCCACAUAUCCCUCGUGCAUAUCAACGACAGGCUCUUGCCUGGCUGGAUAAGACUGCCUGGAGUUCAAAUUGCGCAUCCACGUACAAGAAUGGCAAGCCAGACGGUCCUUUGAUUUCUCUUCAUCCGGGGUCAAGAUUGCACUAUUUCGAGCUUCUGAAACAUCCUCGUUGGGAAGACUUUGACUGGACCAGCUUGUGCGAGGAAGAAGAUCUUAUCUUUGCUUGGCUAGGUAAUGGAUUUAUUGUCGAGGAGUGUAAGGAAAAGUCUGAAGUGGAUUUGACCUGGUUCCUUCCUCCAGUUGAAGCUGCCAAGAUGAUCAAGGCAACCUUUUGA